UUGAUAGUUCAGGGAUUUUUUCAACGACACUGCGUUGCAGCUCACAUAUUGCCUUCCUAUGAUUACAUUCUAUUUCUGGAUGCUGACUUUGGCGUUGUGAAUCCUAAAAGACGCAUUGAAGAAUACAUAGAUCCUAGAGUGGAUAUAAUCUUUUAUGAUCGUUUUUAUAACUGGGAGAUCAUGGCCGGCUCGUAUUUGGCAAAAAACACUUCUUGGUCAAAAAAUUUUCUACUAAGUAAGUGCUCACAAGUGAUUUAUAUUAGAGGUAGCUUCAAAUCAUUCUAUAUACUUCCCACUUUUGAGAGAGCUAUUGGAAUCUAUUGGAAUCUUGGAGCUAUUAGAAUCUCUAAACCAACACUUUCAUUCCCUGUUUUUUGUUCACCCUCCCCCUCCACGUCUCAAUAUUUUUUGUUUUAUACUAGCUGGCUCCCCCGGUCCAGCCCGGGCCAUCCUUCACUGGGGAGAGAUGAAUGCUGUUAUGGUCCCAGCAUGGUACUGCAGCGGGACCUCUCCCCUUUCAUGUUAUGAAU